AUGGAGAGAAAGGCAGAUUUCUCUCAAGUGCGAGCCCACAAGCUUGAGGGGCAGCACAACUACCUCGAAUGGAGGAAGUACUUUGAUCGUUCGGCCAAAUCGCUUGGCGUUUGGACCCUCCUUACAGGAGAAGAGGACGCCGGCAUGACUGAACCCACUCUGGAAGACAACAUUGUCUACGUCAACACUAAGGUCAAGAACUCCACUGACGUUACGAUUGACUCGAAUCGCAGCCUACUUCAAUAUCAGGCUGCAUUCGAGAAGUGGAAGGACAUUAAGUCGCGCAAAUCGAUUGCUCGCCAGCUCAUUGAUGCCUCACUCUGUGAUGCCAUCGCCACUGAGGUUGAGGAUCUCAACAACCCAAGAGACAUAUGCGGUUAUCUCAAGAAGCAAUAUGCAGUAUCGACCGACCUGAUGGUAGUCGAAAUGCUUACUCAAGCCCAAAGUCUGAAGCUCUGGAAGUGUGAGUCUAUGAUUGACUACAUUAAUCAACACCGAGAACUUCAAUCCAAUCUCAACAGAGCCCACUAUGACUACCCUGAUGCCAUCCUGAUGACCAAUAUUCUCUCUGGAUUGCCCAAGUCGUACAGCGACUUCAUUGAACUCUGGGAAUGGCACAAACUCCAGAACCUGGUCACUCUCCCAGACAUCCACACUCUGACUAAUCGACUCAUGGCCACUGAGGCAAGGAAGAAAGUCGAGCAGAAGUCGGAAACCAGGAAGGGUAACAACAACAACAACCGGUCUGGAGGUCAAAACUCCCGCAAUGGUACCAAGAAAUGUACCCACUCCGGAUGUCCCAACCCGGACACGCAUGACACUGAAAACUGUUGGACUGCUCAUCCCGAGAAGAAACCUCAGGCUGUCAAGAACCGAGAAGCUAAAAAGUCCACUGCCAACGGCAACGAUGAUGAUGCCACUGGCAAAAACUCCAAGAACCAAGGUGGCGGCGGCGGACGACGCAUCACUGCUUUUGCUUUUGCCGACGUACAACACUUCCGACAACUACUUUCGCAGUCUGUUGAAAAGAUAGACGACUCGGACGACACCCUUGAGAACCAUGCUGACAAGGAGAUCAGUAAUGAAGCUGCCAACAACAUCACUGUUGAAGAAGACGCUGUUGACGAAGAACCAAUCACUGAGGUUACUGAUGGCAAGAAGGUGUCUCACUUUGAAGUCCCAACCAAGGAAGACCUUCGAGACAAAUACCGCCAGACUGUUCACCAACUUGAACGCGCCGCAGUCUCGCAGCAUCCUCAGCUCGCCUUUAUUACCAAAGUAUUACGCUUCUUCGCCAAGAAAGCUAUCGGACGACAUCUCCGCAUUGCUGAAGCCCUGCACCAACGAAUCAGCAAGAUUCAAGGCUGUGAAUCUCUCGUUGAGACACUGAAGCUCCUACACAACCUUUUGUCAGGAAAACACGACCUCUCUGAUCACUCUAAAUGGAUCGUGGACAUCGAUGGCUACACUGUGUCCGACGGAGACCCCCUUGUUCAUAUUGCCAUGAAACUUGCAGACGUGCGUCAUCUGGACUUUGAACAGGAAGUGUGUGAUCUCUGCCAGGACGUCACGAAGCUCCCAUACCACUGUGAGUGUGAGUAUGAUCUCUACGAUCAACACCUUGACCUUGACGACCCGUCGCAAGACUACGAAAUGAGUACGCCCCCCAUACCCUGUUCGCUUCAUCUCACUAACUCCUCCAAGACAACCUCUGAAGGACCUUGUCAGGGGGAGCGCUUGGGAGUGAAGGAUUGCGGAACAAGUGGUAGUGGUGGAUGCGGAAAGAAUGUUUUUGAUCGAGUCUUUGCUUGUCUUGGAGCGGCUGGAGCCGAAAAUGUUGAUCGUGAUUCAUGGAUCUUUGAUAGUGGAGCGAAUAUGAUGGUAUGCAAUUCGAGAAAAUGGUUCACUCAGUGGACUCCAAUUCAAUACACCAUUUCCACUGCGGACUUCUCAAACUCUCUGAAGAUUGAAGGAGGAGGCACUUGCGAAGUCUAUGUCAUGAACGACGACGGAAAAAUAAACACUUUGGAAAUUACUGAAGUUGCUUAUGCUCCGAAUGCUCACUGCAACCUUAUGUCAACUUCACACCUGGGCAAAAAGGCCAAUCUUCAAGGAAAGUGGAACAAAGACUGGAUCUCCAUUGAGACACCCGACGGUGAGACUCUCACUCUGGCCAGAGAAAACGAGGGGUUAUACUACGUCGAGGCCGUGGUACCCUCAGACGAUGAAGAAAACGACGCUGACAAUGCGGGCUUCGUUGGUGUCAUUAAUCUGCAGGAUGAAGUCUGGAAAUGGCACAGGCGCCUCGGACAUUUGGGAUGGCAGAACAUGAGGGAUUUGUUGAAAAUGAGUACAGGAUGUCCUCUCACCGACAAACAAGUCCAAGCCGCGCUGAAAACCAUGUGCCCAAUCUGUAGCCUGACAAAGGCCCUGGUCAAAAUUCCGAGAGAGCCUGCUCGAAGACGUGCCGAUCAACCCGGCGGACUUUUCCACGUUGACUCGUGGGGACCCUACCAUAUGCCUGGAUACAACGGUCAUCGACAUUUCCUCUUUAUGGUCGAUGAUAAAACACGAUAUACCUGGUGCGAAGGAUAUACAAGACCAGCUGAUGUGCCAGAAGUCUUCAAAAGAAUGCACAAGGAAAUCGAAAAAGAAUAUGGCAUUACUGUGAGGAAGUGGCGAAUGGAUGGGGAAUUCCAAAAAGGAGAAGUCAGUCGAUAUGUCAAGAAACACCACAUGGCUGUCGAACCCACUAUCCCAUAUCAGCAUCACAUGAAUGGUGUUGGGGAACGCGGAAUGAGAACUGUCAGGGAAAAAACCAAGGAAUCCCUGAGAUCAACCUCAAUGCCAGAAAAUCUAUGGCCUUGUGCUAUGGAGCAGGCGGUAUGGUAUAAAAACCGGUCACCCUCGAGAGCUUUGAAAAACAAGAUGACUCCGUGGGAGGCUUUUCACGGGUACAAACCGAACCUCUCCCGAGAACAUAUCUUCGGAAGCAGAAUGUUUGUAACUCUUCCCCCUGAAAAAGGCAGAGACGCUCUGCCAAAACUCCACGAAUCUGUCUACAAAGUCUACUCGGAAGAAAAACACCGCGUCUUCAGAGUCAGCAUGGCACGAGUGGAUGAGGGCGUGGGUUUGGACGAUGAACACGACCUACCACCAAUGGCAAAACCAGAUCCGCCGCCUGAAAACGAGGAGGUAGUCACAGACGACGAAACCGACGAAUGUCUAUCCGAAUCAAGCGAAAAUCUUUCCCCAGACGACGAAGACGAGGAAAUGAUACCCGAAACACCUGAGCCAAUGCCAAAUGAUGACUUCUGGGGCGAUGCCGACGAUGAAUCAGAUGAAUAUCGCCCGGAAGCCGACGAUGAUGACUCUGGAAUGGACAGUGAUGACGAUGACGAUGGUCCACCCGAUGCAGUCAGUGUGAGCCAACAAAGACUUGCAAACUUUGGUGACGAAAAUGAACGCUUCAUGAACCAAGUUUCCAAGUACUUUUAUGCACCUGAUAAAACUCGCACUGAUAAACAAGACCAGGGUGAAAAUUCUGAAAAUGAGGGCGACGAAGACGCAACAGACGCUUCAGCCCGAACGAACGAUGCCAUCAGUGCGCCAUGCUGGGUGUGA